AUGUUAUUUAUUAUUAUUUUGUCUAUAGUCUUUCAGGAAAUAUUAACAGGAAAAUGUCCUGGUCAAGAAUAUUCGACACUAUUUAAUUCAUCAUCUUCAAUUUUAACUAAACAAUUAAAUGUUUUUUGGUCUAUUUAUGGUAAUUGUGAAGAAAAAUUGGAUACAAAUGAUAAUUGUUUUGGAGAUAAUCCAACUUGGGCAGAAUGGGAUGCAUUAAAAUUUAGUUGGAAUAAUCGAAAUCAUAGUAAAAUAAUACUUUUUCAAUUUCCAAUUAAUGGAAUAAAUGGAACAAAAGGUGAAUUAUCUGAUGGAUUUAUUUGGUCAUGGUUAGAUUCUGAACGAUGGCCUGAUGCACGAGGAUCUCACGGGUCAAUUGCUUCCUAUCAUUUUGAUCAAUUACCUCGAUUUAUAACUGCUAUUUAUCAAUAUUAUGUUUGGACACAUGAUCGAAUAUUUCUUCAAUCGAUUUUAUCACGAGCUGAAUUAGUAAUGAAUUUUUUAAUUGUUAACAUGAAUGGAUCUUUAGGUAUACCAAUAAUUAUGAUUAAUGAUGGAGUAUCAGAGAAUAGUCGUCCAAGUACAUAUAUGGAUCAAGUAAAAUCAGGUUGGAAAGAUGCAUGGAUAGCACUAACAUUUUAUACAGCUCUUAAUAAUAUGGCUGAAUUAGAAAAUGUUCUUGGCAAUAAAAAGCAAAGUGAAUUAUAUCAAUCUUUAGUUGAUAAUUUCAGUUAUGUCUUUGAUGAAACUUUUUGGAAUGAAACUACAGGAAGAUAUGUUGGUUGGAUUGAUAAAAAUGGUAAUCAACAUGAUAAUGGUUAUGUAUUUAUUAAUCUAGAAGCACUUACUCGUGGUUUAGGUAAUCGUACUAAAGCAGAUCGUAUCUUUGAUUGGUUGUUACAACCAGCUGAUCCUAUUCUUAUUGGUCCACAUAAUGGAAGUACGGAUGUUUAUCAUAAUGUUGUAGCUCCAAGAACUACAACAGAAAAUGUUAUUCAAUCGGAUUGGGAUGGAUGGUCAGAUCCAACUGAAGGACGAAGACCUUAUGGUGGUCUUGUUGAAAGUGGUGGAACAAUGAUGUGGUUAACAUACUAUGAUGUUAUGGCUCGUCUUCGUUUUAACUAUACUGAUGAGGCUUUCAAAGUAUUGACUAGCAUGUUAGAACGUGUUGAUAAUGAUUCUAACUGUUUAACAUUUAAUUAUGAAAAAGGACGAAUACGAGAUGAUUUUGGAGAAGAUUUUGUACAAAUUGGAAGUAAUUUUCCAUUUCCUGAAUCAGGUAUUGCUGUUGUGUCGUUUCUACAUGGUUUUGUAGGUGUUAUAGCUAAGACUGAUGGAUUACAUAUUUGUCCUCAACUUCCAUCCUUACUUGAUUUUGUUCAAGUUCAAAUUAAUUAUCUUGAAGUAUUAUUAACAAUUAGAGUGAGCAAACAAAAUUCAUCAGCUAUUUAUCAUCUUACAAUUCCAGAACGACAAUUAUCAAUUGAUCUUUUUCGUGGUAGUUGUUAUUAUCUUAGUUCUUUAAAAUAA